CCGUCUUGCUGUAUUUGUUAUGCUCCUUAAGCCUUUACGCCUUGACCACAUGACGAAUCCGCUAACAAAGCGCUGGAAAUCCCGCCUCUUUAGGUCCGAGUAACCAGUCAAACCAGCUCCCUCCCCACCGCAAACACUUCUCCAAUCCAACACGAGCAACUUUGCAACAUUAGCGAAUCAAGAUAGGAAAGCCGCGGCGCCGAGUGCGGAGCAAGAGAGGCGGUGGAACGGAAGUGCCCAGUUAUUGUGGAUUCCGAUGUGGUCUGUACUCUACGCGGCUUUUGAAAAUGGAAGGUGGGAACCUCCAACUGCAGCAAUGAAAGUUUCAAGACGUCUUUGAACACUCCAGUCAUUUGGUCGGCUUAGACUUUCAGUACCCUGCCAGGUUUAAUGACUCCAAGAAAACCAGACUUGAGUAACAGUUCCAGAAAGAUAAAGGACAAUGCUGCGGAUUGGCAUAAUCUCAUACUGAAAUGGGAAAGUUACAACAAUGAAGGAUUCUCACUCGCAAAUAAAAUUGUUAACAUUAAACUCAACCACAAGAGUGGUGAAACCAGACAGGAACUAUCUGAUGAUGAUUUCACUGUUCAUCAUGAAAAGGCUACUUUGGAAUACAACAAAGAACUUGAGGAACAUUGCACUGAAUUACUUUAUUUCCUUGACAAAAUGAACAAAUUGGUAUUGAAGAUGGAAAAGCUUUGUGCUACUAUGAAAGGAAUAAAUGAUCUUGACACUUACCACUAUGGUGAAACAGGAAGAUCAAUACCUCUAUUUCACACAUGGCCCACAAAAUAUUUCUAUAUAAUCUCUGCUGAGUUACUGGAGAUGUACCAAAAAGAACUGCAGCUAAAGAGUUUAAUUGUUCAAGAGAUCGCCCACACUAAUAGCUGUGAUCUUAUGAUGGUACAGUUAUCUUCCUGGCUGUACCAGCCUUACAUAGAAGAAAAGGCCAGAUUCCUUGUUGAAAGUAUGCUGCUGGAAACAGGACACAGAGCUCUAUAACGUAAUUGAAAAUUAUUACAAAAUAAUUGUUGGAGACAAACCACCUAUUUAUAGAAUUUUUUACUUUGAAACCAUAUGUUUAUUAAAGUUAGCUCGGCAUAACUAAACACCUACUAAGGCUUACCCAAGAUUGUUUAGCUAAACUUUUGAAAAUUGGUUUGUGCAUGAGUAAAUAUGAACUCCAUGUGGCAAGAAUUACUAGGUUUUACUCUUCGAUGAAAUUUUGUAUACUGUAAAAGGUAGAAUUCAGUAGACAAUGAGUAUGACAAACGACAAAGAAAAUAUAUUUAUUUAUUUCCUUUUUUAAGAAACUCUUGAAAUACUUGUGCUGAAAAAUAAUUUUGUUCAAAUUAUUAAACAAUGGUCCUGAAAGGUUGUUAAUGAUUUGUCUUGCACUCAAGCGAUGGAAAAACAAAGAGCAAAACUGCAAAAUAAAAGUGGCUUUUAAAAAAAAUCUGUUCCAUAUAUUGCUAAUAUUUAACGGAGCUUGAUGGUGGCUUUAUAGGUUUAUCAUCCUAUUAAAGGCAGCUUUUCAAAAAUAUAGACCCAUGUUACCAAAAAAAACCACAUGGUCUACAUAAAAUUCUACAGCAAAUAUUUAUAACAGUUUAACAAUGGUGCAUAAUACAGUGUACAAACCAAACUUUGGCCUGUUACAAAGCUGAUCCUUGACAAAGAGCAGUUCCAUUUUGUAAUAACCUUAAAAAUAUCAAAUAUUUUAAGUGAAAGAUGAUUUAACUCCAUCCUUUUAUGAAAUUAUCAGGUGACUGUAACCAUCAUCCAGUUACUUGACAUUUAAUCAUCCCAAAUUAAGGCAACAAAACUGUCUGUCAAGAUUACAAUGUACUGAUAAGUCAAAGACAUUACAAAAUACUUUGUAUAUUAUAAUUAAAAAUAGAAAAUAAAUUCCAUUUUCUGCUAUUUUCAAUCUUUAAAUAGUUUCAUUAUUUACAAUAGUCAAAUUACAAGCCUUUGAUAAAGAUUUGUUAUACACUAACAAAACUAGAAACUACGAACAUGCACAACGGCUUUAAUACAUCUUUAAUGAACAGCC